AUGGACGUAUCAAAGAGGAACUGUUACACAAAUGCCCCAGAGCUGCAUCCUCAUUUUCAUCUCUUGAGAUUUGGCCAAGUGCAGAAGGAGAGCAUUUGCAUUGAAAUACCUCUCUCUAAUCCAAAAAAGAGAAUUAUUCACUUAGAUGUGCAGUUAUCAAAUGCUGCUCUUAAUGGACUCAAGAAACUUCAGCUGUAUCCACUAGAAUGUACUAAGUAUGUGGCACGGUAUUCGCCAGCAACUCCGGGCUGUAGAGAUGAAAGCAUUGUUUUUCAACCUAAUGUGGCUCUGGAGUUUUGGUAUUUACUGAGAUUAACUACUGAAUUACCAAGACCAACCACAAUACCAGAAGUACAAUGUGACCUUGGCAAGUGCAUGGCUCAGAUGAUUUCUUUAGUUAAUCCCACACACGAAACCUUAGAAUUGCAAGCAACAAACAGUAAUCCUGAAAAUUUUGUCUUGGAUGUUCACGGAUCGGUGCUGACCAUACCUCCUCACUCCACCAAAGAGGUAUCUGUUCAUUUCUGUCCUUCUGCUCUUGGAAGAACUGGUCAUCAGGCUUCUAUCAUCUUCCACUGUGCUCAGUUUACAGAAUGGAGAUUCUUCCUCUCUGGAAUAGGACUAUUCCCCCAGCCUAUAGACAUAAAAAGAAUGACCGCAUACCUCAGUCUUCAAUCAUCUGUUGUUGUAACUUUCCAAAAUCCCACCAAGGAAGAUGUUCUAAUCGAUAUCAUACUAACAAGUCGGGAAAAGCCCAGGCAUCUCAUCCUUGACCAUCACUGGGAUAAGUUCUUCAGGCAGACUUCUGCUUUCAGUUUUAGUGGCCUGAGUCACACAAAAGGAAUCACAUUGCCUCCUAAAGAGAAUAUAGAUAUCCCAGUGUUAUUUAUGCCCAACACUAUGAAAUUACACAGAACAAUGGUCAUUGUUCAAAUGAUGAGGGCAAAUAGAGAAAGUUGGCCUAUUGACAAUUUUGAAGAAUUAGACACAGAAAUGAAAAGAACAAUGGGAACAGCAAGUGGAGAAAUCCCAGAAAUACACUGGAUAUACCCUAUUCUUGGACUCCCACAGGCACUAUAUCCUAAAUGCCCUCCAGUUGUUAUAAAAUGUCAGUCCAGGAAGCGGGUAGAAGAGGAAGUGGAAGUCACGCUGACUGGUGAUUUUUUUGGAGAAAAUCCUAUCUUAGAUUCAACAGAUUUUGUAGUGAUUCCAAAAAGAAAUUCAUGUAAAUUUGACGAAGAUGUGGACGGUAAGAAAACGACAGUCAUGGAUAUCAAAAAUGGUAAUAAGUAAGAUUCAGUUUCCUUAAAUUGCAGGAUUAUUCAGGUACAUGAAAAUCCAUGCCCAGUAUUUUUCAGUUACAAUAUGUCAUUAAACAGUGCCCCGCAAGUGUUCAGUGAUGUUUGUUUU